UAUAAAUAAGUCAGAUACUUUGCUAAAUAUUAUUCAAGUUUUGAGUGACUUAGAUCUCAGUAUUUCCAAGUCAUAUAUUUCGUCAGAUGGUGGUUGGUUCGCAAACAUAUUUUAUGUCACCGAUCCCCAAGGGCAUAAAAUAAGAGACUCCAACUUUAUAAGACAUAUACAACAAUCCCUUAUUGUUGCUGCCCAAAACCAAGUGGAUCCUCCAAUCCAACACAAGUCAAAAUUAGUGAUGGAAACAUAGUUGUCGUUAAUCAUUUUGCCUCCAACUGCACCGCCCUUGAAUUAACUUUUUUUGACCGACCAAGUAUUUUCUCUCAGAUUGCGAACGUGAUCUUUGAGCUAUCAUAUUUUAUGGAGUCAGGAGAAUUAUGGUCCUACAAUGGACAUGUUGUUUGCAUCCUAUAUUUAAAGGAACAAAACACAUGUCAACCUAUCAUGGAUCCAUAUAGAUGUAAUUACCUAGUGGAGCACUUGCCAGUGUUUUGAGGAUGCAACACUCCCCCAAUGAACUAUGGACGGUGAGACUGAACGACUCCACAACAUGUCGGAUUCAUACUGAACAACGUCUACAUCAGUUGAUGGAUAUGUAUGCAUUUAUCGAUGUUAGUGAAGAUAGCAAAGAGGUGUGUUUGCCGCAUGUGUCAAUUGAAAGUUGGAAAGAUGUAAACUACAUAGUUGUGAAAAUGAGGAGUAGCGAUAGACCUAAGCUCAUGUUUGAUGUGGUGUGUGCUCUAACAGAUCUUGAUUAUAACAUAUUUCGUGGAUCCAUUAUCUCCCAAGAUUCGGUAGCAUAUCAGGAAUAUUUUGUGCGCCGAACAAAUGGGUACAAGAUGCUGAAUAAAAUGGAAAAACAAAGUUUAAUUCAAAGUUUGACAGGAGCUAUUGAACGGAGAAUAUCUCGAGGGCUAAAGAUGAAGGUGCGUAAAUUGGAUCGUCAUGGUCUACUAUCUAAUGUGACUAUGACAUUCGACAUUAAGGGAGAAUAG